CAGGCAGCCACCGCUAGGGCCUCAGGUCUGAAGGGUCAGGGUCCCGGGAAGAUGCACAGUGGGACGCGGCCUUUGGUUCACUGCUAUUCGAUGCUGGUUAUCGGAAGUUCUACCCAGGAUUCGUGAAGACCCGGCUGCUGUUCUCCUCCACACAUUUUCCUGGAAACAAAGACUUCCUAUUCUACUGGCGGAAAAGACCCCAACUUGUAAAGCAAGGAUCAGACUGGUCACUUCUGAUGCUACAUAAAAAGGCACUUUAAUUUUAUCAGGAAACCACCUCCGAAUUCCAGGGCAAGGUCCAUUAUUUCUAGGAGGGCCUCCUAGAGACAGAAGCAUUUCCGGAAUUCUGUGACAUCUUACAGCUCUGGGCACAGAAGCAGCCCCGGAACUGGUCCCCACUCAUAUUUGGUCCAUCUCCUUUAUGGCCUGUGCUCCUCUGUUCAGAGGCCACUACCCAGGACCGUAACGGAGGAGAUCGCUGCAGCUUCCAGGACCGGAGUGGGUUUUUUUAAAAUGCUAAAGAAGUAAAUCCACAAUUAUGACAGAGAAAAAGACUCAUUUAAAGAGAAAAGGCAUGUUUAUAGUGCAAGAGAAGAAAGUCUGCUCAUCGGGGAUUUACAAACCGUUCGGAAGAAUCCACCUCUCCUCAUUGGCUUUCUGCCUGUGGCCACCAAGCACCUGGAACCAUUUCUGAAUGUAGAGCUCAGCUGACCGGUGCUUCCCAUCAGCGGAGCCUACCUAGACCUGAAGAGAAUGAACUCAUCUUCUGGGCACUGCAACAUAUCAGAUUGGCUGAGGCUGGAAGCAACAGUGAAGGCCUCUGUAUACGUGGUCGCUUUCUCCUUUGCCACGUUCAUCACUGUCAUCAUUAUCGCAAUAGUGGCACAGGAUUUGAGACUGAGGAAAGAGAUCCGCUAUGUUCUCCUCUGCCAUCAUCUGCUGUGCAUCUCCUCCUUCUGUGGCCUGGGGGUUGUUUUCCAAGGGAUGCGGGCCCUCCUGGCCAACAGCCCCCUGCUGCUCUGCUGGGUGGUAUUUGGGGCACAGCUAAGUGUUGGGGAGGGGAUUCUCUUCACCCUGGCCUUGAUGGCUCUUAACACUUACCUGGCGAUUUGCUGGCCAUUGAGGUCUCUGUCCUUUGUAGAUUCAGUUAAGUAUAGGGUUCUGGCUGGGACUUGGACAACCAUUAUACUCAAGAACAUUUGCUUAUUCCUAAUAGAAGGCAACCCUGAUACUGUUUUAAAAUCUCAGCCCUUAUGCCCUGUGAUCUUAAAUGACACUCCUGCUAGAACUGUUGGAAUGGUUUUCCUUCUCCUUCCUUUGUCUGUUAUUCUUAUAAGUUACUCUUUGAUAUACCAAGAAGGGAAACGGGCUGGUCAUUUUAAUAAGUCAAAUAUCAAAGCAAGGAAAACACUCCUUAUUCAUUUAUUGCAGAUGAGCUUACAUGUAAUACCAACCCUGAUAUUCAUAGGUUUGGGGAAGAUGUGUGGGGAGUUCUUUUUUGCUCUUAAUCUGGUGCUUUUUGGCUUUUUUGCAUUUGCCCAGUGUUUUAACCCUCUGAUUUAUGGGCUCCAGAAUAGAGAGCUGCACAGCAGAUUGCAUCGUUGGAUGUGUUGUCAGCUGCGGCAUGGCCACGUGAUAAACACGAGAGGGCCGUUUUUAACAAAAACUAAAAAAUUUCGAAUCAAUAACUCUAGUCCUAAUGGACACAUCAGCUAGGGGGGAGGAACUGCUUUUUACUCAACCUAAAAUUGGUGUCUUAACUUGAUUUUGAAAGUAAUAUGAAUGAGUCAAACUUAUUUGUUGGGCUUACGAGCCUCCCUGCUGUGGAUGCUGAAUACUGGUCUCAGUGGUAUCACUUUGCAUCUUUAAUUCUAAACCCAGAUCAGUAUUUUUGGCAGUGUGUCCUACUGUGUGUGAUGGAAAGUCAGGCAGCUUUUGAGAAUGUACUUGUUUUUACAGGAACUGAGAAAUAGCCCAUGAUUAACAUGGAGAGAAAUUUGAUUGUUCCCCUUAUAAUAGUUAGGGUUAGGUUUGGCUGCAUAUAAAAACAAAAGCAGCAACAAAAUAACAGUGACUUUAAAAAGAUAGAGACUGAUUUUUUUUCUUAUGUAAAAGGAAUCUAGAGGUACACAAUUAAGGCUUAUGUGGCAGGCUCAUGGCUUUCUACUCUGCCAUGAUGAGUGUGCUACCUCAUGAUCCAAUAUGGCUGUUAAUGCACCUAUCAUCACAUCCACACUCCAGCCAACAGGAAGGAAGACGAGUCAAAGAAGGGUCUGCACUCUCCGAAGACACUUUCUGGAAGUGAGACAAAAUGCUUUUGCUUACAUCAAAUUGGCCAAAACUUAAUCAUAGGCCUCUGUCUAGCUCUAAGGGAGGCCAGGAAUAAAUUUUAGCUGGGAAGCAAUAUACCCAGCUAAAAAUUGGGAUUCUUAAUACUAAGAAAGAAAAGCAGAAUGGAUAUUGUGAGGCAGAAUUAUUUCAGAGGCUAUUUUCCUCUCAAAUAAAUAAAGUAUAAAGAAAGACAGUGGGUUUUGAUCACAAAAGGGUACUCUACAUUUCAAUAUGAUAUAUAAAUAAUAUAAAUACAGAUUUAACUGUUCAGGAUACCAGAAAACUUUAAGUGUGCUAUGUAAACAGCUCUCGAGGAGGGUGGCAUCAAUAAGAACACUGAAUUGGUUUAAACAAUUCAAACAUAAACAAGUUUGAAGCAGCAAUACAAAAUAAAUUCUUGUGAAGAAGUUUAUGUGUAAUAUUUCUUUACAUGAGCUUCCAUUUGCAGAUUCAUCAGGAUUCCAGUCCUAGAAACAGAAAUCACCACUCUGGGUAUUUUAAAUGGAAAGGAUUUAAUACAGGAAUUAGAUGCUUCAGAGUCCUUGGAAGGGAAAUCAGUGGCCAUCACUGGAAUGAUUAUUUCAGGAGCAAACCACUGUGGUGCAAUCUAGAGGUCAAGCAGCUACUGCCACAACUGCCACUUCUGCCUCUUGACGCUUGUGUCUUUGUGACUUUGUUUUCUAGAGGAAGGAGCAGCAGGAAGACGAUCUUGAUCUCCCUUCUGUCUCCCAAAUCUCACAGGAUUGCCUCUGCUUGGUGGAACCUCAUUGACAUCAGACCCCAGAGCACAAAGGAAUUUGAGAAUUAUAGUUCCUAGUUUCAUAGACUGGGCAGUGCAGGAAGUUACCCUAAAAGGAGAGUGGAAUGAGGAUUGAAUGACCCAGUCCACAGGACCCACCACUGCUACAUUUACUUUUAUUUACAGACAAUAAUAACAACAACUUCAGCAGACCAUUUGUUGAGCAUCUUUUGUGCUCCAGGCACUAGCUUAUUUCAUUUGGGAG